AUGGUAUUCUAUCAACCGGGGAAAACGGAUCAUAAUCUGCCACGAGAUCCAUUCAAGGCCUGUGUUGUGCCCCGACCCAUCGGUUGGAUCAGCACUGUAUCUCCACCCAAUGUGACUUCACCUUCUCAACAAGAGAAUGGCACUUCCUCCGCAGCACCUGUGCACAAUCUGGCUCCAUAUAGCCAGUUCAACAACUUAACCUUCGAUCCACCAUAUGUCAUGUUUUCAGCAAACCAGACCGGCUUUGGGGAGCGGAAGGACACCACCCGCAACGCUGAGGCAACAGGCGUCUUCUGCUGGCAAUUGGCCACUUGGGACCUGCGAGAAGCCGUCAACAAAUCAGCUGAAGCUGUUCCAUAUGGCGUGGACGAGUUCGAGAGGGCAGGUCUGGAGAAAACGUGGUCCGAGGUAUUGAAGACUCCGGUUCCUAUGGUCAAGCAGAGCCCUGUCCGGUUCGAGUGUGAAUACUACACGACUUUGAGACUUCCCGGAAAUCCUCCUAUGGGAACCGUUGAUGUGGUGGUUGGCAAGGUGGUCGGCAUCCACAUCAGUGAAGAUGUCUUGACUGAUGGUAAGAUUGACAUCAGAAAGACCCAGCCCAUCGCUCGAUGUGGCUACUACGAGUACAUUGUGGCCCGAGAGACUUUCGAGAUGAUCAUACCUGGUGAUGGUGCCAAUCUGUUUGGCUUGGAAGGAAGUGUUGCAAAACACAAAGCACUGCGCGAAUCAGUUGAGAAGGGGGAAGUCGAUGGUACUGGUCCGCCUUAA